GCGGCUUGGAACUGGAAAACAUGGCGUCGUCUGCUAGUAAAAUAGCAAGAAUUUGUUUUAAAACUCCCCCUGCGAUACUACAAAGUUCAUUAAUGGCUCCAAGGCUGUCUGCAUUGGGUCGGCACGAUCCUACUUUAAAAAGAAAAAAGACUCACAAGAUCGACCCCAAGAAAAAGCAGAAAAAGUCAUCAAACAUUUCUAAGAAACCUGUAGAGGUUUUUCCACCAGUUGAUCCCGAGGCUUUCCCAGACAGGAGUUUAAAGCAAGAUAAUAGAGUAAGAAAGAUGCCAGUAGUUGAUGGAGAAGAGCAAGAAAAAAGAGUGCUGUUGCUCAAGGAAUGGUCAAGAUUUAGAAACAGAAAGCACAGAGAUGAACUUAAAAAACUUCAAGACAUCAUAAGCACACGUGAACUUGCAUUAAGAGAACUAAAAAAAGUCUCAUUAUGGCAUUAUGAAGAAGCAAUUAAGACUGAUGAAUCGUUAUUUCCAUUAAAUUUACAAGGACCGACUGAAACACCACCAGUGGUAGACUACAUUGCUCCUGAUAUGGAUGAAGAAAAGCAAUCCUUAUGAAAUAGAGGAUGAACUUUUAGCAUUGCAUGAAAUAUAUUUAAUGCAUUUUUUAAGUAGAUGGCAUUCUUGAAAUUGUGUGCAUUUUAAUCUUCUUGGCAUGUUGAAUUGUUGAUGCUAUGAAAUCUUCACAAUCUUCACAAUUCAAUGAAAUACCAAAACAAUAUUUUAUCUCUAUUUUUAUUCCUAUUCUUUAUCACCAACAUAGCAAUUAAGAGAAUAUAAAAACAUGCUCUUGCAGGUUCAUUUUCA